GGCCAGGUCCGAGCGCCAAUUUGGAAAGUGGACGUCUGUGCGGGCCUUGUCCUCGGAGGCUUCCGCGUCCGCGCCCGCACACAGGCGCGCCUGCGGUUUCUUAUUUGGGACCAUUGACUGCCUCUGUUCACCAGCUUUCCUACCAUCGGUGCUUUGAGAUUGGCAGCAGGGAAGACCAGAAUGGGGGUCAAUGAUUUGUGGCAAAUUUUGGAGCCCGUUAAACAGCAUGCCCAUCUCCGGAGCCUCCAGGGGAAAACUCUUGCCGUUGACCUGAGUCUCUGGGUGUGUGAAGCACUUACGGUCAAAAAGAUGGUUGGCGCCGUUGUCAAGCCCCAUCUCAGGAACUUAUUUUUUCGGAUCUCGUCUCUCACUUUAAUGGGAGUAAAACUACUCUUUGUCAUGGAAGGUGAGGCUCCCAGGCUGAAAGCAGAUGUGAUGAGCAAAAGGAACGAGGCCCGAUAUGGGCCCCCUCAAACCCGGGCCCACAGACCCACAAGAUCCUGCUUCAAGGCCUUCUUAAAAGAGUGCCUUGACCUGCUGGAGUGUCUGGGAAUUCCCUGGGUUCAGGCAGCUGGGGAAGCCGAGGCCAUGUGUGCUUAUCUCAAUGCCCAUGGCUACGUGGAUGGCUGUCUCACCAACGACGGGGAUGCUUUUCUUUAUGGGGCGCUGACUGUCUAUCGAAACUUCACUAUGAAUACAAAGGACCCCCAUGUGGACUGCUACGUGAUGUCCUCGAUUGAGAGGGAGCUGGGCUUGGAUCGAGACUCCCUGAUCGGUCUGGCCGUGCUGCUGGGCUGUGACUACCUUCCAAAGGGGGUUCCUGGAGUCGGAAAGGAGCAGGCAUUGAAACUUGUGCACUCUUUGAAAGGACAGAGCUUACUGCAGAGGUUUGAUCAGUGGAAGGAGGAGUCGGACAGCCUUGACCUAUCCCCGGCCACACUUAGAAAGCCGGCUCAUUGCUCUGUGUGUGCCCAUCCAGGCUCCCCCAAGGACCAUGAGCGUAACGGGUGCCGACUCUGUGGAAGCGAGAACUACUGUGAACCCCAUGAUUAUGAGUACCGCUGCCUUUGUGCGUGGCACCGUGCAGAGCAUAGCAGACAGCAGAACGCCGUAGAGAAUAGCAUCAAGAAGAGAGCUUGCAGUUGCAAAGGAUUCCCGUUCCAUGAGGUUAUUCGAGAAUUCCAGUUGAACAAGGAUAGAUUGACGAGGAAAAUCUGCUGGCAGAGACCCGACUUACUGUCUUUUCAGGUAUUUGCUUUGGAGAGAAUGCAGUGGCCGUCCGAGUACGCGUGUGAGAAGUUAAUGGUGCUUCUGACACACCACGACAUGACGGAGAGGAAGUCAGGUCGGACGGGUCCCAGCCAGCUGCAGCCCCUGCGAAUAAACUGUCCCCGCAUCCGGAACGGCACCUCUUGUUUUGAGAUCCAGUGGCAAAAACCAGAGCACUAUGUGACGGUAGCUGCCCCCAGUGCCAACCUCCCGCCAGGGGAGCCGGCUGUGCUGACGGUGGAGGAAGCCUCCCUGUUUGAAGCUGCUUACCCUGAGGUGGUCGCCCAGUAUCAGAAGCAAGUUCAGGAGAGCCGAGGGAAGAAGGCCCAGAGUAAGAAAAACAAGUCCAAGGGAGGGGGUUUGCCUGCCUUGGAGGAGGUGGAAGUUCUUCUGUCCGGGGUGAAGCUCAGCCGUGAGGUCGCCCCUGGGCAGGGCCCCAGGCCAAAUCAGAAAAGUCCUCGUGAUGGCCAGUGGCCGAAGAAAGCAACCCCAGCAGCGGACAGCUGGCUCUUCCUGGGGGCUCCCGUAGAGGCGGAGGCCCCUUCCCCUUCCCCUCUGAGACUUGGGCGCACCCAGCGAAGCGCCGCCGGCGGUCAUCCAUCGUCCGAGCAUCAGCAUGACGGGUCGGUGAUCGAGGCCCUCCAGCUGAGCACCAUUGACUGGGAGGGCACCUCCUUCAGCACUUCUCCAGGUGCACAGGAUCCCCCAGAGCCCGGCCCCGCCCGAGGACAGUCGGCUCUUCCUUUGAGCUCUCUGACGCUAAAGGAGCGAGUGUGUGCCCGGGCCUGGGAGCUGCCCCAGGCCUCCUCCCCGCAGGACGAGGGGGUGGAUCUGGAAGCCCGGUCGUGGCAGAAGAUGGAAGGAGCCCUUGCUGUAGAGAGCAGGCCCUCUUCUGAGCCCCCAUGGCUGGAUCGUGGCCCACAGGAUGGCCCGGAAAAGUCCGCCGCGGCCUCCAGGAGAGCGCCGUUCUGUCAGGCAAAGCCUAGUGCAAGUGCUGCUGCAUCCCCUGGGAAUCCCGCCGGGAGGCCCCCGGGCCCAGAGCCCACCCGGGUUGGGCCUGAGCCUCACCCUGCUCCAAAGAGAGACCCCAAGAAGAGCGUUUGCCUCCCCUGCAGCUCCUCUGAUGAGGAGGCCGAGCUGGCGCGUGGGGGCCGGAACCCAAAAGGGAGGCGGGGGCCUCGACAGCGCCCUCCUGCCCGGCUGGAGAGCAGAGUCCCUGGGGCACCGAGUGAGCCCCGGCCCGAGCCCAGAGUGGCCCCCACAGAAGGCCCAUCUCCCCUCGCUCCUGGAGAAGACAAGGACGCCCGUCUGCUUCUCGAGAGCCCUCUUCCUUUGGCUCAGAGACUGAAACUGAGAUUCCAAAGCAGGUGACAGAACCACGGACGGCUACGUGGUGCUGGGCUUGCCCUUGGAAGCCGAGCCCAGAGCCCGGGCUGGAGGUGUCCUGUCAGGCCUGGAGAGUGGCCAGAGCGAGGCCGGUCACUCAGAUGUGACGUGGGCCCUGGCGGCUGGCUUCUGUGCAGGCUAGAGAGCUGUGGACUCUGGGGUGUUAUCAAGAUUCACUUGGGGAAAUCGUGUACUUAGAUUUGGUCUAAAUUAAACAGGGUUGGGGGGUGGGGGGUGGGCGAUGCUUAAGAAGUGUAGUCCAGCUAUUCCUGCCUCCUGAGGAUGGAGGAGGCCGGAGCUGUCCUUGAGCCAUCCCCAAGCCUUCCUGGAGCCCGGACAGCCCCAUCCCUCUCCCUCUCGCCGGGAACCAGAGAGCAGCAGGUGGACGACAUGGGCUAUGAAGUCCCCUGUUUAUUCUCCGGUCACAGUCUGGCGAGGGUCCAACCCCAGAGCCUUUCCAGAGGUUACAUGGGGGACCAGACUCGCCUUUCUGUGACUGUGAAGAUGUCCUAUGUGGAAUUUCUGUGUGUCCAUGAAAGUAAUUAGACUAUACUUUAAACAUGUUGUUAAUCAUGCUUUUUACUAAUCCACCCCCCACCCCCCAAAUGUAUAUGUAAAAACAGAUGAUGCCACUGAGCACGUGUAACCAAUAUCAAGUUGCUUUACUAUC